GUCGUGGCUUCCUACGAGAGACCUCAGCUGCUGGCUUCCUCACUGCCGGACAGGCUGCUGUCAGUGGAGCUGCAGACCGGCAUCAGCCUCUUCGCUGGGCUCAGUCCGGGAGGAACUGGCUUCGGGGGCAAACCCCAAUCUGCAGCGAGACUCCGUGCCCGCAUCAGGACACGUCCCGUCAACGUUUGCGAGGUACUUGGCACUCUUCUGCACGAUGGUACGUGGAUGAACGAGGUUGACUGGCGCUUAGCCCCGGCUGAGCUGCCGGAGUUUCCAGACGACUGCAAGCAGCUUUGGCCAGCGGCUGUGUGUACCGAGGCGCCGCCACAGUUGAAAGAUGCCGCGGGAGCAGUUCUUCGAUUGGCUGCCAGUGCACAUGACGAAUUUCGAGCUCUAGCAGCAAUUCUUUGCGGUCUCAGCUCCCGUCGAGGUGGAAGUGGUGAUGCGGCUCGAGCUCGGGUGGCAGCCCAAAUUGAGGAUACCCUGCACCGCUUGUGGAGUACUCCCUCUCGCAGCCCCAUGGUGGCCACUGCAAGCUCCUGCCUGGUGGCUUGUUCCGCCCGACAAGGAACUGCCAAGGCAGAAUCUUUGGCUCUUGCCGGCAGCGGGCUCGUCAAGCACAGUAUCUUGCCGUUAGGCAUUCUGGUUCUCGCGGCGGUGCGAAGUACCCUGGCGGCAGCGCGGUUGUUUUCGGCCUUGGCCAUUCUAAGUCCCGAGAUGGUGCGGCCAACAGCAGUGCAGGCACUGGUGGCGGCGUUCCACUGGUCUGACACAUUUCAAUUGCGUGCACCACUCGCCGAGGCGCUCGUGGAAAAGGCUGCAAUCCAUCGGUCUCCACAAUCUCAAGGGCCUGCACGUGAUCUACCGGCAUCGGCCAUUCUGGAGCAGCCCUUCAGUGAUGUGCCGGCUCUGCGAAAACCCCCGCAGGCUUGUCCGCUACAUACGGCGACGAUCCUUCAAUGGCUGGGGCUCGGCUCCACGCAGGUGCAGGUGCGCUCCUUCAAGGCCAUCCAACAGGAGGCAGAGGAGAGUCCCAGCAGCGAAGAAAGUCCCGGGCGUGGGGACAGGGACCCUGUGAUGCUUUCGAAUGGACUGCUGGUGUAUUGGCGCUGCGCUGAUGGCGAGGGCAGCUCGUUGCGGGACAGCGGGGGGUGUGGCCGACCAGGAACCCUCGCGC